AUGGAAGAUCCGAGCCAAAUAACUAAUGAAUGCAAUGGAAAGAAGAUAUUUGUGGUUGUUGGAAUGGCAGGCAGUGGAAAGACAACAUUUUGUCAGCGGUUAUAUUCAUGGAUUUCACAAGAGGGAUGUAGCAUUGACAAAUGCACUGGACUGAACUCUAGGAUAUAUUCGGUAAAUCUUGAUCCAGCGGUGGUCAACUCGAAGAUGCCUCUGAGCCUUGAUAUACGGGAUGUGGUUGAUUACCAUGAGGUGAUGGAGAAAUAUAAUUUAGGGCCUAAUGGAGGAAUUACGACGUGCCUGAAUUUGUUUAUGCUUGAUAUUGGAAAGUAUUUGAGCGAGAUGAAUGCGGAUUAUGUGAUUGUGGAUACUCCUGGACAGAUUGAAGCGUUUACAUGGUCUUCACCGGGAUAUGUGCUGGUUGAAGCGCUAAAGAGUGUUGGAGAGGUUGUGAUUGUGUAUGUGGUUGAUUCUGUGGCGUCCCACAGGCCUGCGGUUUUUAUGUCGAAUAUGAUGUAUGCAGCGUCGCUGAUGUGCAGAUAUGAAAGCGAUGUGCUGUGUGUAUUCAAUAAGAAGGACCUGGAAGGAAGUGAAAGAUUGAAUGAAUGGAUCCGAGACUAUGAGAAGUUCCAGCAGUGCUUGGACGACGAGGACAUGUUUUCGCCGAUACUUGGGUCGAUGGCAUUGCAUUUUGAAGAGUUCUACAAUACAGUUAAGACAGUUUCUGUGUCUUCAUAUACUGGCGAUGGAAGAAGCGAUUUUUUUGAUGCUGUAGGCAUAAACACAACUAUUUGA